AUGGUGGAGAAGACCGAGAGAUCAUAUCGGCAAGCGCUGAAUCUGCUGAAUGCAGAGUCUCUCGGCCCUCUUGCUGAAACAAAGGGGGUUAUCAGCUAUGGUUUCGAAAAGGUAGUCCUUAGGGUCUACCAAAGCGAUACCAGAGCGGAUGCCUCUGCUCAUCCGGAGGUGCGGGAGGAAGAAGGGCCCACAGUUGAGGAAGCUCCUGUGGACAUGGAGAUAGACUCCGUCACGUCGGAGGCUGACAGUGUUGGGCGGAGGAGGAGAGGCUUCUGGCCUCGGAAUGUGAGGACACCGACCUUGGGAUGCUGGAGAGGAUUAUCGAAGAUGAUUAUUCUUCAGAUAAAUCUUCAGCAUUCUAAGGCGGCGUCCGCCAAUCUACUGCUCCACCUUGAACAAGGUGGAGUUGAUAUAGUUCUGAUCCAGGAACCGUGGCUGAGCAGCAGCGGCAUUUCUGGACUCAGGACGAAAAGAUACAAACUGAUGGCGUGCAGCGGGUUAGGUAAACCAAGAUCUUGUAUGCUCAUCAGGAAGGAACUUAAUGCAUUUAUCUUGCCUAAUUUUAGCAAUGAAGACAUUGUGACUGUGAGCCUAGAGGGCCCUGCGGGGAAGCUAUGGCUGAUGUCGGCAUAUAUGGCGCAUGAGGACGAGGUGGAGCCACCUCCACUGAUGCUGAGGGAAGCCCUGGCUGAAGCGAGACGCAGGAAAACCGGCGUAAUUGUAGGGACGGAUGCAAACUCCCACCAUACCUGUUGGGGAAGUUCCAACAUAAAUGCAAGAGUUGGCGGUAUGCUUACCUCCACAUAA